AUGGACACCUACACAGUCAGUGAUCACUGUGCACUAUUGUGGGAAGUAUCCUCCGAACAAAGCACUGGAAGAGAACACAGGAAAACUAAGACAAUUGGUUGGAAGAUAAGUGCCUUCGACCUUGAAGUAUUCAUGGUGGCUCUUAAUAGUGAACCAAUCAGUGAUGGAAAUGCAAAAAAUAUGGCAAAAUAUCUGAUGAAGAGAAUUACAGAAGCCUGCGACACUGCCAUGCCCAGGAAACGUGCUGUGAUCCGGCUUUCUUCGAUGCAUUGGUGGAACGAGGACAUCAGAAACCUCCGGAAAAAGUGUCUUAAGGCGAGAAGAACAGCACAACGCUGUAGGAAAAGACCAAACUAUGAGGAAGUGGUGGCAGUAUAA